UUGCCUUUGAUGAGUGUGGAUCCCCCAUCUGGGGUGGUUAUCAAGGGGGUCCCAUUAGUCAUCACCUGCAAGGCCCCCGGAGAUGCCAGCGAGUGGAGAUUUCAUUUCUACAAGGACGGAGCCGAGAUUAUCCCCGGGGACAUGGGGUCUGAGAUCAGCACAAGGGAGGCCAGCACUGACUCUAUGAUGCUCACUUUCCCACGGGCUGGUCCUGCGACCACAGGGGAAUUCACUUGCGGCUAUGAGGAGAACGUGAGCGGGUGGUGGAUCCCGGCCCCCAGGAGUCAGGCUGUGAACGUCACCAUGAAGGAUCCCCUGCCCUUGCCUUUGAUGAGUGUGGAUCCCCCAUCUGGGGUGGUUAUCAAGGGGGUCCCAUUAGUCAUCACCUGCAAGGCCCCCGGAGAUGCCAGCGAGUGGAGAUUUCAUUUCUACAAGGACGGAGCCGAGAUUAUCCCCGGGGACAUGGGGUCUGAGAUCAGCACAAGGGAGGCCAGCACUGACUCUAUGAUGCUCACUUUCCCACGGGCUGGUCCUGCGACCACAGGGGAAUUCACUUGCGGCUAUGAGGAGAACGUGAGCGGGUGGUGGAUCCCGGCCCCCAGGAGUCAGGCUGUGAACGUCACCAUGAAGGGUGAGGCUGCCCCUAAACCGACAAAUUCCAUCAAAGCUAUCUCGUCUCUGCCCAUCCCCCUGGUGGCUGGGUGCGCUGGUGCUGCCGUGGGUCUAGUUCUGCUGCUGGUUCUCAUCUAUCUCUACAACAGGAAGAAGAAAGGUUCCAAGUGGGAGCGGAGGAGGAGAGCCCAGAGCGAUGAUUUUAUCAGCAGUUACUCACCUAUGCCUCUAUCAAUGAUCAACCCAGACACUCUUUAACAGCCCCCUCGGCUCCUUGCCUCCAUGUCCCCUGCAACAUCAUAGGACCAAUGAAGAUCUGUGAAGCUUACCACACUCACCGUGCAUAUCCUCCCAAGGUCUCCUUCACGCUGGUGGGCACACACCAGGCCUCCAGCCGAAAACAUCCCUGGCAAAACGGAGAUGUGAUUGUGUCUCUUUGCCUGCUGCAGAGAUACUGGGACUGUUUGAAAGGAAGGAAGAAGUUUCUAUUCUCCUAACUUCUCAGCAAAUCUCCACUUUACCAGGAACAUUCAAGCUGAUGUAAAUUUCUGUAAAUUUCCUGUCUCCUGUUUGUCAUUAAACCCCCCCUUUAACCUCC